AUGUGUCCAUGCCAUGGCGCGAAUGCUGCACACCAUCACCCGCCGGGAAGUUUGUUAUCCGGUAUGCGCAAGUACGCGACGCCAAUUGACCUACCAACCGAAAAAGAAUAUGCAUUCGAGGUUGCGGCGGCCAAUUUACGUUUUGGUGAAGGGGUUACGAAAGAGGUUGGGAUGGAUCUUAAGAACUUGGGUGCUACCAAGGUCGGCGUAUUUACCGAUUCCAAUCUUGCGAAGCUCUUGCCUAUGAAGAUGACAAUUGAGUCACUCGACCAACACGGAGUCAACUACGAGGUGUUUGAGCGCGUUGUCGUUGAGCCGACUGAUUCCAGCUGGAACGAUGCAAUUGCUUGGUCUAGAAAGCACGACUUUUCGCAUUUCCUCGCGGUCGGAGGGGGGAGUGUGAUCGAUACAGCCAAGGCGGCCAAUCUGUUCACCGUUUACAAAAACGCGAUCUGUUUGAUUUCAUCAACGCUCCAGUUGAUUGAUGUAGUUCCAACUACUGCUGGAACUGGGUCGGAAACGACCGGUUCCGCCAUUGUGGAUAUUCCAUCCAAGAAAUUCAAAACAGGAAUCGCCAACCGUGCUCUCAAGCCUAUACUCGGAAUAGUCGACACUUUGAAUACUGAUAGUUGCCCUACUACAGUUCAUAUAAGCUCUGGGUUGGAUGUACUUUUCCACGCCUUGGAAAGCUACACGGCAAUCCCUUACACCGAACGCACCCCUCGACCUGCCAACCCGCUUCUACGACCGGCAUAUCAAGGCUCAAAUGAUGUUAGUGAUGUGUUCUCUACAUGGGCAUUACGUCAAGCAGUCAAGUACCUCCCGCGCGUAGCGAAGAACAGCGAUGACAGGGAGGCCAAGCGUCAGAUGCUACUCGCAUCUUCGUUCGCCGGUAUCGGGUUCGGGAAUGCGGGGGUCCACCUGUGUCAUGGAAUCAGCUAUCCGAUUUCCGGAUUCAACAAAACCGGUCCCAAGUGGCAACAUCCUGGAUACGUGGUAGACAAACCCAUUAUUCCUCAUGGUGUUAGGCAAGUCGCUAGUCAAGCCUUAGAACAUUACCUAAACAUAUUCUCGACAGUGUUCCGCUUUACUUCACCUUCUUCGCCAGAAAGGCACCGUGAGGCGGCUGCGAUCUUUGCAGGUACCAGCGUUAAUGAUUCGACGAUCUCGAGGCUUUCUGAUGACGCUGUUGGCGAUUUCUUGUUUGAGCAAAUUGCUCGCUUCUUGGAUAAUUUGGGUGUACCACGUGGACUGAAAGCUGUAGGAUACAAAAACAGUGACAUUGAGAUGCUCGUCCAAGGUACAAUCCCUCAGCGUCGCGUUUUGGACCUCGCGCCUGGGAUCGGCGAUGUGACAGGAUCGGACGGUGCAGAGCACUUGACUCGAAUCAUCGAGGGAUCAAUGUCUUAUUAG